GAUUGAUAUUUGUUGUUGUUGUUCUUCUUUUGUUUUUUAUUUUUUAUCUUUAUUUUCACGUUUAAAUGAAUCGUAGGAGGGGUUUUAAUUAACAGAGAAAUGGAUCUAAAAUAAUAAUUGAGUAUUAGAGGAUGAUAGUAUGAAAAAUCUGGAUAUUCCAGUCUCAAAAAUCCCGAACGUCCGUGAAGCGGAUGGAAUUUCCAUUACCAAUUUCCAAUUUCCAAUUUCCAAUUUCCAAUUCCCAAACCCAAAAUCAAAUCCCAAUCACCAACGGAGUGCAAAACUGGAACUGACCAUGGAGUAUGAGAAAUAGAAGAACAUCGAAUUCAUUGGCAGCCCAUAUUCCAUCGGUCCACGACUCCGAACCCAUUACUCACCAUUUGAUUUGAUUUCGUUUUUGCUUUUUUCCACAAUUAUUCUAUUUCCCCCCUCAUUUCGAGAUUACCCAGUUUCUGAUCGCUUCUAUCUCCGAUUGGGGGUUUCUGAGUUUUUGGUGUGGGUCCUUCGCUGAUCAUCUAUCUGAAAACGAACGAUUCUUCGUUGGUUUAAUGUGACUACUUUGAUUCAAUUCACUUCCCUCAUUUCAAUAUCUCGUGGGUGCAAAUUUGAUUUGUGUUUUGGGGCGGAAUGAGCUCCCAAAAUCAGGUUACGGUUCGGGACAUCCUCGAGGAAGCUAAGAAGCGGGUUCUUUUUCUGGUCGUAUCCAUUGUGGGUUUAUCGUAUAUGAUGUCAUUGACAAGCUCCUCAGUUUGGGUAAAUUUACCUGCAGCCGCGUUUUUUAUCAUCCUCAUCCGCUAUUUCUCUUUAGAUUUGGAAAUGAGGAGAAAAGCUGCUACAUACAUACGUAGACCAUUGCCAGAAAACGGUACUUCCCAGGAGGAACCCCUUGAGUUACCUAAAGUUGUAAAGAAGUCAGAGUGGAGAAGGAAAGUAAAUUCACGUGUUGCUGAGGAUGCAAUAGAUCACUUCACUAGACAUUUAAUUUCAGAAUGGGUGACAGAUCUUUGGUAUUCUCGUUUAACACCUGAUAAAGAAGGUCCGGAGGAAUUGAUCAAUAUUGUCAACGGCGUGCUCGGAGAAAUUGCAGGACGCUUUAGGAAUAUUAAUCUGAUUGAUCUUCUGAUGAGGGAUCUUAUUAAUCUCAUCUGCAAACACUUGGAAAUUUUUCGUUCAACUAAAGGAAAAAUUGAGAAAAAACAGUUAGGAACCAUUACAAUUGAACAAUUAGAUACAGAACUCAAACGACUCCUGGAUAUGGAGAACAUGUUGCACCCUGCUUUAUUUUCUUCUGAAGCUCAGCAUAAGGUGUUGCAGCAUCUGAUGGAUGGUCUUAUUUUAUUCACAUUCAAGCGUGAGGAUCUUCAGUGCUUAUACUUCCGUUAUACUGCAAGGGAGCUUCUUGCUUCUGCAGUAAUGCGGCCAGUUUUAAACUUAGCUAGCCCAAGGUUUAUUAACGAAAGAAUAGAAUCCUUGGUCAUAAAUAUGAAAAAGCCCAAGAAAAUGGAAUCGCUGAAUGAAAAUUUAGGGUCCAAAACAGAUGAAUCUCUGAGCGUUUCCUCUGAUGAUCUUUCCAAGUUCCUUGAUCCUUCAAUGGCUGGUGUUGAGCUGGUGCAGAUGAAAAAUGCGCAGUCCACUCCUGCAGAUUUUCCUGCAAAAUUUAACUCAAAAGUCAGUUUUUCAAAAGAUCCACUUCUCUCAAUUGAUACUCGAUCUUCCCGGUCCUGGAAAUCAGUGCCUCCUACAUCCCAAAAUGUUGAAGAAAGCACUAUUCAGAGGCAUAGCUCUACUGGAGAAUGGGGUGAAAAGUUGGAUCAGUUUUCUCGUAGAAAGGUCAAGGCCCUAGCUCCUGAGCAUUUUGAAAACAUGUGGGCAAAAGGGAGAAACUACAAAACGAAAGAUGAGAAUCAAUCAAACAAGAAUGUCCAACAAGGCCUCUUUCAAGGGAAACCUGUCUCAGUUUCUGUGAAUCAUGAUAAGAUAAUCUCUAAAACAAUUGAUAGAGAAAAUGUGGGCAAGCAUAAUUGCUCUAAGAAUGACACUGUUCACUUGGGCGUUACUGACUCGCCUACAGUUUAUGGCUCAUCUUGUCGAACCAAUUCAAACACAUUAAGUGACUUUACCAUGUUGCAUUAUCAAGGCAAUGGUCGUGAUGACAUGCACCUAAAUGAUCUUGACUCAGAUGGAAAUACUUCUGAAGAUGAGGAAACAAGUGAUGUUACAGGCCUUGACUCUCCUGGAACCAAAGUUUGGAAUACUAAAAACAAUAGAAAUGCGGGAAUUUCUCACAUUCAUCACCCACUCGAGAGUUCUGAUGGUUCUGGACUUAAGAAGGCAGGUGGUAAAGGUAAAGAUCACUAUAAUAAGCCAUCCAGGAAUCAGUCUGGAAGGAAAAGAUCCCGCCAUAACAGUGAGAAGCUGCCUGUUUGGCAGGAGGUUGAGAGAACAAGCUUUAUAUCUGGUGAUGGACAGGAUAUUCUAAAUUCUCCACUAGGGCCCGUAAAUGACGAGGACUCUAGUGAUGAUUCUGAUAUGGAGAGUUCAGUAAGAAUCCAUAGUGGAGCAGCGGCUUCUUCAUGUGUUCCUUCAAUUUCUCAUGUUCCUCCUACAGAUUACACUCAUAGUUCUCAGAUGGUCGAUUCCUUCUUUAGGCUGAAAUGUGAGGUGGUGGGUGCAAAUAUAGUAAAGAGUGGUUCAAGAACAUUCGCUGUAUAUUCCAUAUCUGUCACCGAUGUAAAUAAUUACAAUAGCUGGUCCAUCAAGAGAAGGUUCAGCCAUUUUGAGGAGUUGCAUAGACGCCUGAAGGAGUUUUCAGAGUACAAUUUACAUUUGCCGCCGAAACAUUUUCUUUCCACCGGAUUAGAUUUACCAGUUAUUCAGGAACGAUGUGAAUUGCUUGAUAAAUACUUAAAGAGGCUUAUACAGCUCCCGAAAAUUUCAGGAUCUAUUGAAGUUUGGGACUUUCUCAGUGUUGAUUCCCAGACAUACAUAUUCUUGAACUCGUUUUCCAUCAUUGAAACCUUUUCAGUUGAUCUAGCUGAUAAACCCCAUGAAGAUAAUAGAAGCGUUUCAAACCCGAACAGCCCUAUAAACCAAGGGUUAUCACCACUGAGGAAAGACCAUGCAAUUGCUGAAACCUUUGAGCCUAAAUUGCGGGUGAAGACUAAAUUUCAGGAAAAUGGCCUGAGAUUGAACACAAAAGAUGCUACUACGGAGAAGAGUGGAUUGCCUGAUAGAAACUCCGGGAAAUCUGAGAAUCAGAAGGAGAAUGGAACAUUGCCUAAUAGAAACUGUGGGAAGACUGAGAGCCAGAAAGAGAAUGAAAGAUCGGGAGUGGCUUCUGAAUCACUUCUGGAUGCUGCUACUGAUCCAAUGUUGCCUACAGAGUGGGUGCCGCCGAAUUUGACAAUGCCGAUAUUUAACUUGGUGGACGUGAUAUUCCAGCUUCAAGAUGGGGGAUGGAUCAGGAGAAAGGCGUUUUGGGUGGCAAAACAGGUGCUGCAACUGGGAAUGGGGGAUGCUCUUGAGGAUUGGUUGAUUCAGAAAAUUCAGCGUUUCCGCAAGGGAUCUUCCAUGGCUUCUGCCAUCUCUCGUCUUGAGCAGAUACUGUGGCCCGAUGGAGUAUUCAUAAGCAAGCGCCCGAAGCAGCCACCGAAAUCUGAAGGUUCAACUUCCGGCAACGACUCGAACGAAAUCCUAUCUCCUCGGUCCCUUGAGGAACUGCAACAACAGGAAGCUGAUCGUCGUGCAAAGUUCGUGUAUGACCUAAUGAUUACUAAUGCACCACCUGCUAUCGUGGGGCUCGUUGGUCGAAAGGAAUACGAGCAAUGCGCCAAGGAUUUGUAUUACUUCCUUCAGUCAGGUGUAUGCACGAAGCUGUUGGCACUGGACCUCAUUGAGCUGCUGCUGUUAACAUUGUUUCCGGAGCUUAAUUAUGUGUUCAAACAGUUGCACGAACGAAAGGAGAAAUUCGGAAAACUCGAUCUACAACAUUAAAGAUUGUUUUGUAUCAUGCACAGGUUACAGCCUUGGACAUGCACAGUAUUACCCCAAAAUCAUUUUUGUUUCGGAAGUUCAGAGCUUACGGCCCUUUUUGGAAAUUGUAGCAAUUAUCUCCUUUUAUAGGCUGCUGUACUGUACUAACAAUUGAAAUGCGUUUCUUUUCUGUACCUGUAAUAUCUUUUCAUUGUGGUGGUUUGUAUAGGCAUAGAUUUGUGCACAUUUGGUGUAAUUUUGGCAAUCAUGUGAACGAACGGGUUGGUACCAUUGUUUUCUAUACAGAUUUUCUCCUUACAG